UUCCAGAUCAAGUUAGGCAAACUGGAGACGGAGAAGAAGCAUAGUGACAACAGGUUACAACAAGCAGAACGUGAUCUUUCAAACUUACAACAAGUAUAUAUGGAGAAGGUUAGUGUAGCCCUGCACACUUUUCACAUGAACAGGAAGUGAAUAGAAUUAAUGUAAUGUUGUAUGUUUUGUUGUAGGACAAGAAUCUAUCUCAAGAACAAUCGUCUGUUGAAAGGUACUGUACAUCGCGGUUUUAAUAGGAAGAUUCAAGGUUUCCAACGCCAUAAUGAAACACAAUAGUGCAAGGGAUGCAAACACAAUGGAAUUCCCCAUAGGUAAAUUUGCAAGGGGUGCAAAAACAGUGGUAAAAAUAAUAGAUUCAAGAUGGCGUUGGAAACCUUCAAUCCCCCUAUCCCCAUAUAACAGUGUUCUUCGUUUACGUUUUUAAUCGUAUUUUUCUUUGGCCGUGUAGAUUUAGUUCAGAACUCAUCUUGCCAGAACUAAAACUUUGCAUUGUGCUCAAAUACCUGCGUCUUCCAGCAACAUUUAAUACAUCCUCACAUUAUCUAGAUUCCUAACCCAAAUUCGUGAAGUUACUGAGUCUAAGGAGAAACUAACAUUAGAACUGGAAGCUGCAAAUGAAACUACCGUUGAACAGCGAAAUAUCAUUGAUCAACUGACUCUUCAAUUGGCUGAACGCGAGAAAACCAUCAAUGAGAAAGAACAACAAUCGGUGAAAAUUGAGAAUGAAUUGAAAAAUGAGGUUAGUCUACGUUUGUGGUAUUCUAAAAUCUUGGCUGCAGACACUAGAGAGUCUUGGGGCCACGCUGCCCUCGCAUAGUCUAAGAGGCUAACUUACUAUUGAUGUUUUAGAUGAACCAAUUACAACAACAACUUUCUCUCACAACUUCGGAGGCGAUCGACCUUCGUAAUGAACUGACAAGAACUAAAGAUGAGUAUGAUGAGGUAUGGCACCGUCGUUUACAUCAGAGAGGUUCAGAUUGGACUACCGCUACUAUUAAGGGACCAUUGACCAAUGCGUUUGAAGGGUGAACUGUUGUAUAAGACAUUGUUUAUUCUCCCGUGAAACAUUCAUAUUUGUCUAAGGUAUUUCGGACAAGAUCUUAUCCACAUAUGUGUUCCACAUCAUUCCGAACAUGUUCCAGAGAAAACUUUAGAAUGCGUUCCAGAGAAAACUUUAGAAUGCGUUCCCCGCAGCCAAUAGACCUUUCCCCUUAUGAGUGAAAUUUUGAUCUAGAUAUGCCUGGACAAAAAUUUCAUCACAGCUUGAAAGAGCAUCACAAAAUUAGUAAUAUUCCGAAGUUUCGUUGCCAAAUGUUGUAAAAUGCGGAUAAUAUAGCCUUGCGAAGUUUGCCGUUUUUCAGUCAUUUUGCAUUACAAAUGGGAAAUUGGUAAUCAGUUUGAUCAUCUGAUUACCAAUUUCCCGUUUGUAAUACAAAAUGACUGAAAAACGGCAAACUUCGCAGGGCUAUAUUAUCCGCAUUUUACAACAUUUCGCAACGAAACUUUGGAAUAUUACUAAUUUUGUGAUGCUCUUUCAAGCUGUCAUGACAUUUUUGUCCAGACUUGUCUAGAUCAAAAUUUCACUCAAAAGGGGAAAGGUCUAUAUAUAGGGACCUUUAGCAUGUUGAACAAAACAACCUCCUUGAAAUAAGUAACUUUCAGGAAAAUUUCUCGUCUAUUAUCUGUUGUGUACAAAUGGGAAGAUUGUUCUCGUUACAGGUCAUUCUACGUAUCAAACAAGAAGCGGAACAGUUGAAUGAAAAAUAUAACGAAGACGCGGGAAAACAUGAAUCAACUUCGCAAGAAGUCACUUCACUCCGUGCUCAGAUCUCGGAACUGAAGCAGGUCUUACAUAUAUACAGAAUUGUUCCUUAAACUAAAAUAAAUCAAACUAUUACAUCGGUACUAGAUUAUCGAUCACUCUUAAACUGUUCUCCCUAGAGGUCCAUUUAGGGAUAUUCGUAUUGCUUCAGUCCCACUGAAAACCAGAGAAUCGGAAAAACCUUUUCAUAUGUGAGUGAAGUGAAAUUUUAAUCAGACAAUGCAUAUUGCAGAAAUCAAACCGUGAUCGCUGAGACGAAAUCACGAAAGGUAUUACAUAUACCUGUGCUAACCACUCUGUAUGUGCUUCACUUCCUAAGAUUACCACUAGAGCGGCGAUAGUGACCGUGAGUGUGUCUGGAACGACUUUACCAAAUAUAUCCCCUGGGCCAUGCACAAUAGACAACUUGUAUGUUAGACUAAUUUUUGAUUUAGGCAAAAAAAAGUAAAUGUAAAGAACUUAUUAAAAUUAGUAAAAUUGCAAAAUUUGGUUAUGAAAUGUUGUAAAAUACAGAAAAUAUAGCCUUGCGAAGUUUGCAUAUUUUCAGUAUGUUUGUAUUACAUGCGGAAAUUGUUACCAUUUUUGAGGUAACAUUUUUGAGCCGAAAAUGGUAACAAUUUCCGCACGUAAUACAAAUAUACUGAAAAUGUGCAAACUUCGCAAGGCUAUAUUUUCCGUAUUUUACAACAUUUCGCAACCAAGUUUUGCAGUUUUACUAAUUUCAUUAUGUUCUUUUUAACUGUUGUGUUGGAUUCCCUUCUCUUUACUUAGAUUAAAAUUUAGUCUAACAUGCAAGUUGUCCAUUUCAUUGUAUUUGCUAGAUCUUCCUAUUGUUAGAUACGAAACCUUUCCUUCCUCGCUUAUCUCUUGUCUCCGUCUUCCUAAUACGCGUUUGUUUAAUUCAAAUCAGGACCUGAAUGCUUCGUUAUCAGCCAGCGUUGCUAGGGAACAAGAGACAAGCGGACAGGUGGAAAGCUUGGAGAAAACUCGCAAUGAACUCGUCGCUGAACUGAAUAGAUGUAUUGAGCAAGGAAAGAAACAGGUAAGGCAAGGUUUUACACGAUAUUUUAAUCAAUCGUGGGUGUUGAAAUCUGGAAUGUAGAUGGCAUAGUGCAGCUGUUCUUUCAGGGUCGGUUGUUUUUACGCUGGGGGUUUUCAGGGUCGGUGUUUUGCCGGCUCUUUUUAGCCGGAGCUAGAGCCGGAGGUGAAAAACCCGGAGUUUGCACAGCACUAAUGGGAGGCGCAUGUAUGGACAAACUACUGCUCCAGUGACACUCCUUCUUCAGACACCGUACAUAGUCCUCCAAAUUCUUGCGAGCUCGCUUUACGAAGCAAGAUUUCUCACACAAAAUAAUUCGCAUUGUUAUGUCUAUUAUUUGCCUUGUUUAGAAAGUGGACGUGGAGAGUCAGAAAUUGCGAAUUGAUCAGUUAGAACAAGAGAAGUCUUCCCUACAAUCGAUUGUUCUAUCGCAAGAACGAAAAGUCUCUGAGAUUCAUGAGAAGGUACAGUAGGAGACAAAUAAUGUUUAUCGUGAAUUUAAUUUGUUCGAGGGUUGCAUUCAUUUAACAGAAUAGCGAGUGAACAAAUUUCAAAUCCUAUGCUCAAUAUACUGUGUUUAAUUUAAAACAGCUUCAACAAACAGAGCGAAAGCUGGCUGAACAAGAAGGCGUAGUUUCUUAUGAAAGACAUCGCAACACAGGUAGAUACUUCAUUUAGUAAAACGUCACGUGUAUAUGAAACCAAAGCUCUUGCUUUAAGCCCUGGGCAAAUUAGGAAACAUUGUUGUGGAAACAUUUGUGAUUCGUGAUGUUUCCACAAAUGUUUCCCUGUUUGCCCACCCGUGGAAACAUUGUUUCGGAAACAAAAUUUGCUUCCCGAGAAGCAAAAAUGUUUCCUAGCGAAUUCAGAAACAUUUGGUGUUUCCCUAUGUUUCUCACUAAUGUUUCCUAGUGUUUGUCCACUCUUGGAAACAUGGCGAAACAUUGGUAGGAAACAAUGUUUCCGCAACAAUGUUUCCUAGUUUGCCCAGGGCUGUAAGCUUGGACAUUUGCUGAAUUUCCACUUCCAAGAAAAAUUUCACUGUCAAAAAUUUUGCUAUCGAAAUUUUUCCGCUCAAUUUUUUGAAUUGUAACCGCUCAAGUAGAACUGAUUUAUUCGAAUGGUCAGAAAUCAAAAGAAAUCAAGCGAAGUAUUUCGACGACGAAAUAUUUCUCUGUAAGUGGAAAUUCUCCUUUAAUGUACCAGCAGCUCUCUGACAACUGACCAGUAUAGGUAUAUAACGCACAUUGAAUCGUAUUUGCAAAGCUUAUCUUAUACUGUAAGUGUCAUGGCUCUGUGAUUAGAACGCUGAACCAGAGAUGAACUGGUCACAGGGACUUUCAGAAUGAAUACUGGAUAUCACAAUUUCAUAACGGCCGAUUUACACACACAACUUUUGCCUAAAACUGUCGCAUGCAACCUGCUUACAACUUGAGUUGUACUGUGUGAAUCAAACACACAACUCACCUACGACAACGUAAGUGAGUUGUGUGCUUGAUAUACACAAUACAACUCAAGUUGUAAGCAGGUUGCAUGCGAUAGUUUAAGGCAAAAGUUGUGUCGUGUAAAUCGAUCUUGAAGGUAUGUACAAUGUUCUUAUGUUUCCUUACUUUACAGAUACGAACCAGAGACUUGACAUGAGUGUGGGUUCUCUGAGCAAUAUGAGACAGGAGUGUGAGACUUUACGUGAAGAACUGAGGGUUUUAUCUGAGAAAUUAUUGAAACAACACGAUGCCGCGUUGGAAAGUCAGGUAUUAAACACUAUACUUUACACUGUACUGUAUUUACGUUUUGUAGUCUUGCAUGUAACAAGAGCAAACACAAACUCCUAGCUUGAGUAGCUGCGCUGGGGUAGGUGGGGGGGGGGAUCCCCUGAUACUGCUAGUCUGCUACCAGUAAGUAAGCUUGGUUUAGUUGAUGGUAUAAGAAUGAUCCAGGGUAGGAAAAAAUAUUUUUAUUCCUGGGAGCACAACCUGGAGACAAAAUUUCUUUCAGACCAACGGAGUAUUUUUGUGCUAAAUCUGCAUGUGCAUAAACAUAUAGUGUUCUAGCUGACCAUGGUUUUAAAUUCAAGGAAUAAUGUCUGUCAACCAUAUGUUGUUGCGCCCAUACUGGGACAUGGGUGUUAAGGUUUCUUUCAAAUUUUCAACAGCAAAUAUUCAUUCAAACGAAUUUCCCACAGCUGUUUAACAUUUCCCCUCGAAUGUCAUUCGCUGGAGAACUAACUUUAGAUUCAUCUCUGUUUUAGUCGAAAUAUGAUUCACUGAUUACACAGCUGCGCACAGAAAUGCAACAUGAACGUGAAACGUAUGCAGUUGAAAGACACAAGUUAGCAAGUCAUCUUGAACAAGCGGUGAAGGAGAGCAAAGAUUUCAGUUCUUUAUUGAGACAACGAGAAGAGGUAUGUAGGAGACUUAUGUCUACUGAUCUGGUUAUAAAGCUGGAUUGAGUAACUGGAAGGCCAGUCAUCACUAAAGUAGGUGCUAAUCAUCUUUACUUCAUCUGAGAGCCGGCAGUUCAACCUGAUCGACUCGAGGGUAAAGGUGGUUUAUGACUCGUGUCGCCUGAUCACGGAGUACAGAUACGAUACAUCGGGGAAUAUCAGGGUCAGUGGCUUACCCAACCAACCCUGCUAACAUUGUUUGUUUGUUUGUUUGUUUGUUUGUUUGUUUGUUUGUUUGUUUGUUUGUUUGUUUGUUUGUUUGUUUGUUUGUUUGUCUGUUUGUCUGUUUGUUUGUCUGUUUGUUUGUCUGUUUGUUUGUCUGUUUGUUUGUCUGUUUGUGUCUCUGUUUGUUUGUGUGUAAACGUAUAUUUGACUUGCAGGAACUUGGUCAUCUGCGAAGUGAGUUCAACGCGACGAGUAGGACUGGAACCAAGGCCAGUACGGCACUCGAGUUUGAAAGUCGUCUUCGUCAAACACUGGAGAACAAAAACAGUACUUUAGAAAGCGAGCUGGCAAAGGCCUGGGGACAAACUAAAUCCCUCAUGGAGCGGUUGGCUACGAUCGAAGCAGAUAAAGGACAGUUAGAGAGAGAACUAGAGAGGGUGAGAUGAAGCACUAGUUGUUUUGCCACAUGUAGUACUAGAGGGUUUGAUGGUACAGUCGUUUUAUCAUUUGCUUUCAUCUUUGUUACCAGAUUUUGAAGUUGAUUCCUGCAAUAUACAAUUGUCUGAUUAGAAUGUCCCCUCCGUCGCCUGUGAGAAGAGUGCUUCCAGUUUGACUCUACACUGUACCAAACACCGCAGAUUUCUCGCGCUAUUUCAAAUUCCUCCUUCAGUAAACAUUGAUCCGAUAAGUGAUAGCCCUUACUGGACCGCUCUUGAAAGAGAAGCCAGUUUAGGCGGAACUGAUAAAUCACGUUAGUUGCAUAUCAUAAUCCUCAAUUCUUACGAAGGUACUAUCACAUCAUGUCUUUCAGAAAUCUCAGAUGUACCAGUUAACUGAAGAUAGUUUACAGAAGAAAGAUGCUGAUGUCGUCAGCUUGAUGGUUGCCAGGGAUACUGCAGAACAAAGAGCCGAAACAGCCGAGUUGAAGGUAGUCUUUGAAAUCUUCAAAGAAGGUGAUAGCACUUUGCUUUUACUCUUGUAACAACACGAAAUCAAUAAACACCUCGCACCUUCCUUUCAGUUGAUGUCGAUGCAACGAGAAAAAGAGAACGUACAACAAGAUCUAGAAAGAAGUCAGAAAGAUCUUGGUGAAGCGUAUCAAAUGAAAGCUGAACUGGAGAUGACGAGAGAGGAAAGUUUUACAUUGAAAUCACAACUUGAUGACGAGGAACAGAACAGGUUAGAGAAAAGAGAUGAUCUUUACCGGAGCUCUAGAAAUGCACUUUAGAACUUAUAGUUUAGUUUAGGUUUCUUCUGUGGUAAGCCAUGGACAAUAAGGGAUAGCUGUGACUGGACCUCCAGGGAGAACAGUCCAGAACUGAUAGAGCAAUCUAGUGUAAAUAGAGUUAAGCCCUGGGCAAACUAGGAAACAUUGUUUCCUACCAAUGUUUCGCCAUGUUUCCAAGAGUGGGCAAACACUAGGAAACAUUAGUGAGAAACAUAGGGAAAUAUAAAAUGUUUCUGAAUUUGCUAGGAAACAUUUUUGCUUCUCGGGAAGCAAAUUUUGUUUCCGCAACAAUGUUUCCACGGGUGGGCAAACAGGGAAACAUUUGAGCAAACAUCGAGAAUCACAAAUGUUUCCACAACAAUGUUUCCUAGUUUGCCCAGGGCUUUAGUUUCAGUGUUCUUUAUAUAAAGGAAUGACGGGUGAUCGUACUGUUGGAUGAAAAGAAAAUGUUCUGAUAAUUAUUUUUACACUGCUUCCAUAUUAGAUCUCUACAUCGUCUUACCAUCGAUGAGCUGAAACGACAAGUGGACAUGCUUCAUGGCAGAGAAAAUCAGGCCUACGACCAAAUUGAUGAACUUCAGAAAAUUGUCAAAGAUUAUGAACAUAAAGUAGAAGUACUGCAGAACAAACUACGCAAAGUUUCCGACGAUGUAAGAAAUUUAACAUGUAUAGUAUUUCCAGCGAGUUAGUGUGAAAGUUUGUUUAUUCUUCAAUAGUCAUGAAAAAUAUUUGGUGAUUUACCUAAAAUCAACGGGGUUUUGUAUGAGCAUGGAUCAUAAAAACACUGUCGAUAUUUUUCAACUAUCCUUGGAUCCAUGGCCACAGAAUAAAGACACACAGAAGGUCGACUGAGCCGAAAAAGCGUAAACGCUGCCAGGUCUUACCCAGUGCGCUUAUGAGAGGCAUCCCCCCUGGACGUCCGCCAUUUUGAAUACUAUCAGGGGGGUGAAGCCUCUCAUAAACUUACUGGCUAGAAACCAUGGCGUCAGCAUUUUGAUGACGAAUUACGGUUACCCAAAAUCAUAAGAAAAAUCAAGACACAGAAUACUGCACAGAAGUCCAUCUCCAUUGUUUUUAGCGUAAGCUCUAUUCGUCAUGAUUCGUCACUCAGCAAGUACCGUAAACAGAAGCAGUCCCCCCCUGGAAAUACUAGAAAUGGCGCACGUCCACGGGGGUGACUGCUUCUGUUUACGGUACUUGCUGAGUGACGAAUCAUGACGAAUGACGCUUACGCAAAAAACAAUGGAGAUGGACUUCUGUAUAGUAUUCUGUGACCAAGACGUCGGGCUUUUGUAUAGUCUUUAUUCUGUGCCAUGUCAUCAGAUAUACAAACUCCUUCACGGUCAUGAUUUCUUGUGUGUUUUCUCAUGAAUUAUUAAUGAGAGAGAGCUUGGGGUGCUGGUAGUGAUUGUUAGUGAUGUAUGUUCCUCGCGGUUCAAUUUACUUUUGUGUAUCGAUGCUGUUUUUAGCAUAAAAUGGUUGAAGAUGAAGGUAAAACUGUGGUAGAGAAAUUGAACGAAAUCCGUCAUGCAAACGACCAGCUUCAAGUUGAUCUAGUUGUGGCUGCUGAAAGAAUUGAGUAUCUGGAGAGCAAGUGUGAGAGGAGGAAGAUGAAGGCGAUACAUAAAAUACAAUCUUUGAAGUAAGUUUGAUUUGUCUACUAAUAGAAUUGCCUUAGGAUGACAAAUGUGUCAGUCAGUGGCGAAGCCAGCCCGACAAUUUGAUCAUGCUAUGCAAAUAUUUCCGUGUUUAUAGACCGUGAAAACAAUCAAUUUCUAAAGAAAUGAAUAAUGAUAAUGAUUUAAUAUUUGCAUAGCAUGACCAAAUGUUCGGGCUGUCUUCGCCACUGGUGUCAGCCAGUCAUGAUUCUGUGAUCUUAAUGUUCCAUUAUCUUUUCAUUGUUUUGAAAAUUUCGUGCAAUAGACCUUAUGCAUAAUGUCGUCACAAGGCAUCAUGCCCGCAAGGAAUGCUGGUCUUAAUAGUCAUCGCCCGGAAAAAUUAAACAAUUCAAAAUGACCAGUAUCGAAAUUUUCCCGGACGAUGACUACUAAGACCAGCAUUCCUUGCGGGCAUCAAGCCUUGUGACGUCAUUAUCUAUUGUUCUUGUUUGUGUAUUUCAGAGAGAAAUUUGAGCGAGAAAAGAGAACGGCGAACGCGGCCAUGUUGUCACUUCAGAACACUCUCGAGUUGUCUCGUAAGAAAAUCCAGAAGGAAGAAGAAUGGAAACAAACAACUGAUGGCGUCAGAAAGCAACUGGUGGAAGAGAAACAAGAUCUUUUAACGAGGUAAGGCAACGAAACAACGAGUGUUUUGAAUAGCUUAAAAUACGACUACAAAAGAAUACUAAUUAGGAUGAACAAUUAUAUAAUCAUACUAAUUAGGAUGAACAAUUAUAUAAUCAUACUAAUUAGGAUGAACAAUUAUAUAAUCAUACUAAUUAGGAUGAACAAUUAUAUAAAGAAUACUAAUGAAGAUGAGUUUUAUCAGAUAUAAAGUCACUCCACGUGACAUAUUAUGGCUGACAUGAUUUUCCACAAGGUUUAUGCAUUAUUAAUGAGUAUUUUAACUAUAUACAUUUUCCAAGUUGUACGUUGUCGUUGAUAUUUACAGGAGUAAUCUUGUUUCAGGUUAACAGAAAGCGAAGAAAUCAUCCGGGAACAUUUGAGAAACCUCCGCGAGGCUGAGACAAGAUUGUCUGUGAUGGAGAAAGAAAACUUGGAGUUGAGAGAUAAAGUUAACAUCGUCAUGAGACAGAAUGAACAUUUGGAAAGACUGAAUAGAAUUCUUGAAAAACCUGAGGUAAGUAGAGGGAAUUAAUACCUUGAUUUAGUUCCACUCCGAGUGCAUAUAGAUCGUUGCAUUGGCCCUGGUCUACAAUAUAAUACAAUAAAAGUAAUUAAUUACACUGAUCUGAAGGCGCCUAAUCUCCCAAACAAAUUUGUAUUUAAAGAGAAAUUCAGGUACAUUGCUUUUUGUUUCCUGGUAAUGAAACGUCCCAGAACACGAUUACGCUUCCAGUUUAGCAGACCGUGAUUUCCAAAAUUUCGGGCUGCAAGCAGGCUACCAAAUCAUUUAUCUCUUUAUUUUCAGAAUCAAUCACGAAGUCCACUGAACAGUGCUGUAAACAAUCAAUCACUGUACGAUGCUCUCAAUAGAAUCCGCUUACAUGAAUCACUCAACAGCACAGACUACUCACCGCAGACCUCAAUAACCCCAGCAUACAGAACGCCAGAUAAAUCUGUCAAUUCACUGGAUGCAUCAUUCAUUGUUUCACCGCCUUCGGGGACACUGGUGGUAACGUAGGACAUCGUGAAGAAAGUGUGAAUCUCAUGGGAUGGAAAGUCACUCAGAUUGUGGUAACGUAGGACAUGGUGGAGUAUGUGUGGAUCUUAUGGGACGAAAAGGUACUCAUAAUAGAUUAUUGUCGCACUGGCGGAGAAAGUGUGGAUCUCGUGGGAUACAAAUUGUCUCACUGCCUCAGGGACACUGGUGGUAACGUACGACAUUGUAGGACUUUGUUGGGGUAAGUGUUGUUCUCAUGGGAUACAAAGUGUUUUUUCCUUCAGGAACACUGGUGGUAACGUGAGCGUUUGAUGGUGUAGUGUAGUGGAUUUCAUUGGAUGCAAAGGUACUCAGACACUUGAGGUCCCUUCUCUCCUUCCUUAGUAAGCCCAACUCUGAAAAGAACUUAUCCAAAUGAUCUGCAUUUGAACAAAUGACUUUGCAUUGCAAUAGCACUGUACUAUAAUUGGAUGAUAUGCAUGCUAUUCCGCUAAAUGUUAAUUAAUAUUCAUGCCUUUUUAUAAAAUAGGAAAGCUUAUAAUUUUUUUAAUGAAUAGUAAUUUAUUUUAAUUUAUUUUUAAAAGUGUAAUAUAUAACAUGUAUAUAUUAUUUAUUGAAAUAUCAUAAAGUGAGCCAUAUGAAACAGUUUGUGCUUCAUUCAAUUACGUAGGUUCAAGUCUCGUGUUUUAUCGGAUAUAAAACGCUCGGCUGCGCCUCGCGUUUUAUAUCUGAUAAAACACUCCUACUCGUGUUUUAAAUAGUACGUACAAUGAAGCUACAAUCAAAACAACAUGAUAGGAGAUAAAUUUUAUUUCUAAUACAACAUGAUAAAACAAAAUACAUUUCCACGCCAUAUCAAAGCGAUGUCACAUAGAGUAGUAAGUUCUUGUACUCUGCCCUAUCACACAAUUGGAUCUAAAAAGUUCAAACAGGUAGUCUUGUUCAGUCUAAUCCAAUAGGCUAAUCCUAUCAAAUAACUUGAUCACGCAAUUCUUUCUGGUACAUAAUUGCGUGAUUUAAUCCACAGUUGGUCAUCAGAGGCGAAGAUCAGGCCAUGAAGUAUUGUUGCAAUUAUUCCACCCAAUGCUGUUCCAACCCAGUAGACAUAAUGUUUAGUCCAUGUCCCAGACGCCACUGCGAUGCCAAAGUUUAGGACUGGAUUUAGGUAGCCUGAUGCAGCGCUAUGCCUGAAGAAAUA